GCACACCCUCCCCCCCUCCCACCCCGGGUCUGAUGGGGGCGGUUGAUGCUGACUUGCGGGGCCGCCUGGAGGAGGACCCGGCGUGUGAGGAGGGUGCGGGGGUUGGGGCAGGGACCGGAGUCUAGGGGACUGAGGGACCAAGAGGAACAGAAACGCAGGCCCGGGGCUUCGGCACCAGGGUGGGAGAUGGAAAUGGAAAACCUGGGCCAGGACUGAACCCAGGCCUGGGACUGGGUUCUGGAAAUAGAGUGGAGAUGGCGGUUCGAGGGCCCAGGGCCAGAAACGCAGGCCUAUGCACUGGGGACCAAUGGAUGGAGAUUCAGGUCCAGGUGUCGGGGACCCAGGGACAGAAGACCCAGGUCCAGUACUGGAGAACAUAUAGGGCUCUGUGCUUGAGCCUGAUUUAAAGUUCCCAUAAUAAGGCCAGGGCAGGUUUGGCGGUGAAGCAGACACCCUGGGCCCGAGGGAACCGCGCGGGGCAGGGGGGCAGGUGUAGUUCCUAAGGGUGAGUCCACAGGCGGGGAUGUGUCCCGCUGGGCCUGGGGAAUGCGAGGGGCGGGGCGGGGCGCGGCGGGGCAGUGGGGAACAAAGGUGAGCAGAAAAGAGGAGGAGGCAGAAGCCGGGCAGAGGGCAGGGAGAGGGCCUGUGGGGAAGGGACCUCAGUCCCGGCUCCCACCCGCUCCCUGGAGAGCAGGCGGCCAGACACCCAGAGGCCGGACCAGGAGCUGACUGGGAGCUGGGGCCACAGGCCUAGGAGCACCCUGGUCAGGGCUAAGGCCAUGGCCCCGCCACCACCGCCACUGGCUGCCAGCACCCCGCUCCUCCAUGGCGAGUUCGGCUCCUACCCAGCCCGAGGCCCACGCUAUGCCCUCACCCUCACGUCACAGGCCCUGCAUAUACAGCGGCUGCGCCCCAAACCUGAAGCCAGGCCCCGGGGUGGCCUGGUCCCGUUGGCCGAGGUCUCAGGCUGCUGCACCCUGCGAAGCCGCAGCCCCUCGGACUCAGCGGCCUACUUCUGCAUCUACACCUAUCCUCGGGGCCGGCUUGGGGGCCGGCGCAGAGCCACCCGCACCUUCCGGGCAGAUGGGGCUGCCACCUACGAAGAGAACCGUGCCGAGGCCCAGCGCUGGGCCAUCGCCCUCACAUGUCUGCUCCGAGGACUGCCGCUGCCUGGGGAUGGGGAGAUCACCCCUGACCUGCUACCUCGGCCGCCUCGGUUGCUCCUAUUGGUCAAUCCCUUUGGGGGGCGGGGCCUGGCCUGGCAGUGGUGUAAGAACUACGUGCUGCCCAUGAUCUCUGAAGCUGGGCUGUCCUUCAACCUCAUCCAGACAGAACGACAGAACCACGCCCGGGAGCUGGUGCAGGGGCUGCGCCUGAGUGAGUGGGAUGGCAUCGUCACAGUCUCGGGAGACGGGCUGCUCUUUGAGGUGCUGAACGGGCUCCUAGAUCGCUCUGACUGGGAGGAAGCUGUGAAGAUGCCUGUGGGCAUCCUCCCCUGCGGCUCGGGCAAUGCGUUGGCUGGAGCAGUGAACCAGCAUGGGGGGUUUGAGCCGGCCCUGGGCCUUGACCUGCUGCUCAACUGCUCACUGUUGCUCUGCCGGGGCGGUGGCCAUCCUCUGGACCUGCUCUCCGUGACGCUGGCCUCAGGUUCCCGCUGUUUCUCCUUCCUGUCUGUGGCCUGGGGCUUCGUGUCCGAUGUGGAUAUUCAGAGCGAGCGCUUCAGGGCUCUGGGCAGUGUCCGCUUCACACUGGGCACAAUGCUGGGCCUUGCCACGCUGCAUACCUACCGCGGACGCCUUUCCUACCUCCCUGCCACUGUGGAACCCUCUUCGCCCGCCCCUGCCCAUGGCCUGCCCCGUGCCAAGUCGGAGCUGACCCUGACCCCAGACCCAGCCCCGCCCAUGGCCCACUCACCCCUGCAUCGCUCUGUGUCUGACCUGCCCCUUCCCCUGCCCCAGCCUGCCCUGGCCUCCCCUGGCUCUCCAGAACCCCUGCCCAUCCUGUCCCUCAAUGGUGGGGGUCCAGAGCUGGCUGGGGACUGGGGUGGGGCUGGGGAUGCUCCACUCUCCCCGGACCCACUGCUGUCUUCACCUCCUGGCUCUCCCAAGGCAGCUCUACUCUCGCCCGUCGCCAAGGGACCCCCUGUUAUUCCCCCAUCCUCUGGGCUCCCACCUCCCACCCCUGAUGCCCGGGUAUCGGCCUCCACCUGCGGCCCGCCCGACCACCUGCUGCCUCCACUGGGCUCCCCACUGCCUCCAGACUGGGUGACGCUGGAGGAAGACUUUGUGCUUAUGUUGGCCAUCUCGCCCAGCCACCUGGGCGCUGACAUGGUGGCAGCUCCGCACGCGCGCUUCAAUGACGGCCUGGUGCACCUAUGCUGGGUGCGUAGCGGCAUCUCGCGGACUGCGCUGCUGCGCCUUUUCCUGGCCAUGGAGCGUGGUAGCCACUUCAGCCUGGGCUGUCCGCAGCUGGGCUACGCCGCGGCCCGUGCCUUCCGCCUAGAGCCGCUUACGCCACGCGGCGUGCUCACGGUGGACGGGGAGCAGGUGGAGUAUGGCCCGCUACAGGCGCAGAUGCACCCUGGCCUCGGUACACUACUCACUGGGCCUCCUGGCUGCCUGGGGCGGGAGCCCUGAAACUAACGAAGCUUGUCACCCGCCGGGGGCGGGGCUUACAUUCCAAGGGGGCGCAGCCUGAGCUAGGGGGUGUUGCCUAGCUGCUAGAGUGGUGGUGACAACCCCAAGUGCAAGGGCCCUGGCCCGGUCUCAGAAUUGCGCCCGCUUUCUUGGGACCAGACGUGAUGCAGGAGGGUGGGCGUCGUCACGGUGAGAGAGAAAUAGGCUCGUCCCGAGGGUAGUGCCUGACCAAUGAGGGCGGGGCCUGGCGUCUGAGCUCGGGCCGCCCUUACAGGGCGGGGCCCAGUCUAGACGCUUGCCACCUGCUCCCCCCCAGCCAGGAUGGCUGAGGGCGGAGCCUGUUUUACUCGUCGCCCAGUGACAGGACCUGGAAUGUACGGGUUGGGGUAGGCCUUACUGAGUCGGCCGGUCAGGGCCCGCAGUCUCGCCCCAUCCACUCCGGUGCCUCCAUUUAGCUGGCCAAUCAGCCCAGGAGGGGCAGGUUCCCUCGGGCCGGCGCUAGGAUUUGCACUAAAGUUCCUCCCCCCGCGGGUGGGGGCGGGGAAAUUCAUAUCCCCUGUUCGUCUCAAGUGCGUACCCCCGUCCCCAGUCUAAAAAGCAAUUGAAAAGGUCUAUGCAAUAAAGGCAGUCGCUUCAUCCCUCUCA